UGCCUUCUCGAAGGGAAGUCAAUGACUUGUUUUCAUAUGCCAUGAAAGGCCAGUGGGAAGAGGUUUUGAGGAUCUAUGAGAAGAGCCAAGAGGCUCAGAAGGCAAAGAUUACUAUAUUAGAAGACACUGCGUUGCACAUAGCAGUCUCAGUUGGACAAACUGACACAGCAUUGGAAUUGGUUGGAGUCUCCAAAGAUGGUAUCUUGGAGGUUGAGAAUGCUAGAGGAAACACAGCUCUGCACAUUGCAGCUGCGCUUGGAAACUUGAUUGUGUGCACACAUAUGGUUAUGAAGAAUCCAAAGCUAGUAGCCAUUAGAAAUCACAAUGGUGAGACUCCUAUCUUCUUGGCAGCUCUUCAUGGUAAGAAAGACACUUUUCUUUACCUUUAUUCUAAAGACAAAGAAGAAUCUCUUGUGAGAAGAAACAAUGGUGAUACCAUUCUCCAUGCUGCCAUAACUGGUGAAUAUUUCAGUUUGGCAGUGGGCAUAAUGAAAUCCCACCCUGAUCUUGCUGAUGCCAUAAAUGAGAAUGGCCUAUCACCUCUUCACAUUCUUGCUAGUAAGCCCAAUGCAUUUCACAGCAGUACUCGCCUUGGGCUCUUUGAUCGUAUCAUAUAUCAUUGCUUGGUUGUGGACGAGCUUAAGGAGGAAUCACAUGACGUUGAAGCAUAUAUUGCAAAGAAAACAAAAAGAAGAAUAGAAUCUCUCAAGUAUCCGGAAAACUACAAGACUUGCAUAAACUUUUUUGGAUUACUGUUAUCGGUGUUUCAUGUUUUAUUUGAUAAAUUGCUAAUGAAGAAAUGGAUACUGUCUUUAUGUGGAUUGUAUCAACCAGCUGAUUCCCAAGUGAAUAAGGAAAGAAAGAAAGGUGAUGAAGAGAAUCAAGAUCAGGAAACUACUCCAGGCACAUCUUCACCUGCAAUGAGUUCAGAAUCCAAACACAGUAUAGAAGAAUCAUCUUUGGCAAACACUUCAAAUUCUAGCCAUGGUGAUAGCUCACAAAGUGAUGAAAAUCGUCAGUUUCCGCCUAAUUAUGACAAACUUGUCUUGUUUGUAAAGCUUGUCAUGAAGUCCAUGCUAGUCAUCCUCGGAAUUGGCAUUUGGAGAAUAAAGAAAAUCCAAAGAAAGAAAAAGCUGCACAUGUGGGCUAGACGUGCCAUGAAUGAAUUGGUCAAGCAUUCUACUUCUUACAAAUUCUAUGACAACACUGGAUUGGAUCCCCACCAAAAAAAUCAUGGAGAGGACAUAGAGGAAGAAUCUGCAUUUCCCAAUCUUGACCCAAACUCUAUUGUGUCUGAUUCAGAAAAGCUUCCAAGCUUGAAAUCUAGUCAGAAACGGAAGCCAGAUCACAACAUGACUGCUGUUGGGAGACAACAUACACCAAUACUAAUAGCUGCAAAGAUGGGAGUGACUGAAAUGAUAGAGAAGAUUUUGGAGGAGUUCCCGGUUGCCAUCCAAGAUGUGGACUCAGAUAACAAGAAUGUUGUGCUUUUGGCUGUUGAAAAUAGACAAUCACAGGUUUAUAAUCUCCUUCUCAACAGUAACAUUCUUAAGGAAAGUGUGUUCCGCCAACUCGACAAGGAUGGAAAUAGUGCUUUGCAUCUUGCUUCUGAGUGUAAAGAGCAGAGGCCUUGGCUCAUCCCUGGUGUUGCCUUGCAAGUGCAAUGGGAAAUCAAGUGGUACAAGUUUGUCAAACACUCAAUGCCACCGCAGUUCUUCCCACGCUACAACAUGAAGCACGAGGCCCCUAAAGAAGUCUUCAUCACCACACACAAAGAGCUCAUCAAAGAAGGUGGUAAAUGGCUAACCAAGACCUCCGAGUCCUGCUCCCUCGUGGCGGCGCUCAUCGCCACAGUCGCAUUCACAACUUCCACAACCAUACCCGGCGGAGUCAAUCAAGAAACCGGCAUACCCCUCCUGAUAGGAAACUUCGCUUUUGACACCUUCUCCAUCUCCUCGUUGCUCGCUCUCUGCUUCUCAAUCACGGCCCUCGUCUUCUUCCUCUCGAUCCUCACCUCUCGCUACGACGAGAAAGAUUUCGCCAUGGACUUGCCUCGAAAGCUUCUUUUUGGCUUGACCUCGCUCUUUGCUUCCAUAGCUUCCAUGUUGGUUUCGUUCUGCGACGGACAUAUCUUUAUUCUUACGCAUAAACUAAGGUAUGUGGCCUUUCCUUUGUACGCAGCUUUGUGCUUCCCUAUUACUUAUUUCGCUUUCGCUCAGCUGUCUCUCUACUUCGACCUCAUUUGGGCAAUUUUCAAAAAGGUUCCUCAGCGUAGUAACAAGGCUUUUCUACACUAA